UAUCAACUAGUAUUCAAAAUGGCUGCUUCUAAUUGGUUUCUUGGACUCUUUAUCGUUGUUGGUUUAGUCGAGCUCGGAACCUGUAAGAAAAUAAAGAUUCUGUCCAACUUUACAACUUUCGAAGACGAAGAGUUCUUUAAAACGACGUACCCUUGGAUAGCAAAACACGUACCCGAACUUCGAGUUAAUUAUUACUUCAAAGACCAAGAUGGAGGUAAACGUAUGUGCGUUUUGGAGAAUUUAAAACACAAUAUAAACCUUCAAGCUCAUUACUUGAGCUGUGAGGCUGAUAGCAAAGAGAACUGCUUGAAAGAUCUGCCGUUGGAUCAACGCAGGCUUGAAAAAUGUUACUGGAAGAGCCACAAUAAACUAAAAGCUGCCAGCAAGGAAUUCAGAAAACACGGGACAAAUGAAACGCCAUUGAUAGUUCGAGGAAAGGUGCGGCAAACAGUGCAUGAUCCGACAACUGUGCUGUUACGUAUUUGUGGUAUGUUUGGAAGAAAGCAACCUCAAGAUUGUAGACAACCUUCAAAAGCCCCAGUGCCGGCUAAACGACCUACUACGCCCUGCACACAGCCAGCUACAGAACCUACGCGGCCUGAGAAGUCUGAACUGUCUGAACCUCACAUAUCUACACAGGAACUGACAUUAGCUUCAGCAAAAGCAGAAACUCAGUUCAGUCAGAUCUUGACAAAUAGUGAAACACAUACUUCUACUCAAGUUUUUAAACCUGAUGAACAGUCAGAAACACAUACUUCUACUCAAGUUUUUAAACUUGAUGAACAGUCAGAAACACUAUCAGAUUAUGACGAUGACGAAUACGAUGACAUUGAUUACGACGAUUAA